AAAUCGAAAUGAUUAUUCACUGAACAUCACUCAAAAAAUAAAACCAUCCGAGCCAGCCACCAGUUCCCAACACCCAAUGCACCUAAUAAAACCCCUCGAAACUGCGUCCUCUUCCCCCAGUUCCAGCCCUUUUCUCUCUCUACCUUCACACCCUCUCUCUGUCGUCUCUAUACAAAUUCAAAGCCAUUUCUCUCUCUAACUCAGUAAAACAUAAUAUUCUAAAAAGAAGCAGUUCUUUGUUUUAUAAUCGAGUUUCUGUAUCCAACCAUGGCUUCCUCUUUGUUCCUCCUUUAUUACAUAAUACUCUGUUUUUCAUUUGAAUGUCUCUCUGUUUCAUACUCUCAGAUUCUCCUUCUUCCUCUAACCCACUCUCUUUCCCAAAACCAAUUCAACAGUACCCAGCACCUCCUCAAGUCGACCGCCACUCGCUCCGCCGCCCGUUUCCACCGGAGCCGUAGCGACCGGAACCGCCAUAGCCAAGUCUCUCUCCCUCUUUCUUCUGGCAGCGAUUAUACUCUCUCUCUCACCGUUGGCACCAAUCCUCCCCAAUCCAUCUCUCUCUACAUGGAUACAGGCAGCGACCUUGUUUGGUUUCCCUGUUCGCCUUUCGAAUGCAUUCUCUGCGAAGGAAAAUACGAUCCUAAAACUACGAACAAACCACUGAAAAUCCCACCGAACGCCACCGUUUCGUGCAAAUCCCCUGCUUGCUCGGCAGCUCACUCGUCUCUCUCCUCGUCCAAUCUCUGCGCGAUUGCUCGGUGCCCUUUGGAAUCCAUUGAGAUUUCUGAUUGCUCGUCUUUCUCUUGCCCGCCUUUUUACUACGCUUAUGCCGAUGGGAGCUUAAUUGCUCGGCUUCAUAAAUACAGGUUAUCGAUACCCAUGUCUUCACCUUCCCUGGUUCUUCACAAUUUCACUUUCGGCUGCGCUCACUCGGCUCUCGGCGAGCCCAUUGGGGUUGCUGGGUUCGGCCGUGGCUUGCUUUCUUUACCCGCUCAGCUCUCUAGCUUUUCCCCUCAACUGGGUAACCGAUUUUCCUACUGUUUAGUCUCCCACUCGUUUGAUUCGGACCGAGUUCGCCGCCCUAGUCCGCUCAUCCUCGGCCGAUACGAAGAGAAAGAGAAGCGGGUCGGUGAUGAUGGAGCCCAGUUCGUCUACACGUCUAUGCUUGACAACCCGAAACACCCUUACUUCUACUCUGUCGGACUCGUCGGAAUUUCCGUCGGGAAGAAAAAUAUUCUGGCGCCGGAGUUUCUUCAUGGGGUUGAUGCGACAGGAAAUGGUGGGAUGGUUGUUGAUUCCGGUACGACGUUUACUAUGUUGCCGUCGAGUUUGUAUAACUCGUUGGUGGCCGAGUUCGACCAACGAGUCGGCCGAGUUCACGAGCGAGCGAGGGAUAUCGAAGACAAAACCGGACUCUCGCCAUGCUAUUACUAUAACAAGGUAAUUCAGAUUCCCAAUCUGACACUGCAUUUCGUGGGGAAUGAAUCAGGAGUGCUGUUGCCUAGGAGGAACUAUUUCUACGAGUUUUUAGACGGCGGCGAUGGGUCGGGGAAGAAGAGGAAUGUUGGUUGUCUGAUGUUGAUGAACGGUGGUGAUGAGAAGGAGUUGACCGGGGGGCCAGGAGCCACUCUUGGGAACUAUCAGCAGCAAGGUUUCGAGGUUGUGUAUGAUUUGGCAAAGCGGCGCGUUGGGUUCGCGAGGAGGGAGUGCGCGUCGCUUUGGGAUAGUUUGAACCAGCGCUGACGUGGCUGUCCCAAUGGUCAUAGAGUUGACUUUAUUUCUGAGUCACCCCGCGGGGGGGGGGGGGGGGGAGUUUUGGACUUGGAUAGGCUUAACCGCACGUGUGGAUUUCUGUAAAUGUGUCGGGUAAUAAGGUGAUUUUCGGGUUUUUCUUUUUUCUUUUUGGUUUUUUUUUUUUUUGGGGGGUGUUUGCACUUCAUUUUUUGCUUUUUAUUCCGCUAAAAGAAAUGUACAUUUAUGUUCAUAUGGGACAUCGCUAAGUUUGGUGAUAAUUGAUCGACGGCUAGAGGAGUGUAUGAAGCAAAAAAUGAAGCGCAAACAUAACCAAAUCGAAUUGGAAUAAUUUAGAAAAUGAAUGUAUCUACCUACUGUAAAGUCUGCAGAUUAUUAUUAUUAUUAUUAUUAUUGAGUUUCUUCA